CGUGCAUUCAACUUGGGUGUAGGGAACAUGACUUUCUAGUUGCAGCUGGAGAGCAUCAUGAGAAGUAUGGGGGUGGAUGUUGUCGUACCAAGCGGAGAGUGGCCCGGGGUGUUGAUUCGCACAUGCGCUUAGGGUGCCAUGCCCCUCAAGCUUAAGCUUAGUCGGUGAAUCGCGGCCUUCCAAAGGCCAGGGAGGCUUCGUAAAUGGUGGAAAGUCAGCCGAGUUGAACACCUGCAGAAGGCCACUUUCGCUUUCGCUUUCGCAGUUGAGUUUGGAGGCUCGAUAUACUUGAUCGCGCAACAAUGUGAUCAUGUCCACAAUUACUCCUUCCAAUCCAUCAUCGAAACGAAGCAUUGUCUUCUUUCAUCCUGACCUCGGCAUAGGCGGAGCUGAACGUCUUAUUAUCGAUGCUGCAGUUGGUCUACAAGAGCAGGGGAAUAAGGUAACUAUCUUCACUUCGCAUUGCGAUCCCAAGCACUGCUUCGAUGAAGCUCGAGAUGGCACCCUUGAUGUCAGAGUUCGCGGAAACACUCUCUUUCCUCCCACUUUCCUAAAUCGCUUCCAUAUCCUUCUCGCCAUCCUUCGCCAGAUUCACCUUGUGCUAGCAGUCUCCAUUUGGACAAACGAGUUGAACAAACUCAAGCCGGACGUAUUCCUCGUUGACCAGUUGCCCGCAUGCGUGCCAUUGCUCAGAUGGCUUUACCCCGGUCGCCAACGUACGCUCUUCUACUGUCAUUUUCCUGACCAGCUCCUUGCGGAUCGACAGACUUCAGGCGUACCGGGACUGGCGAAGAAACUUUAUCGCUUUCCUUUCGACUGGUUCGAAGGAUGGAGCAUGAGUGCAAGCGACAAAAUCGUGGUCAACUCAACUUUCACCAAAUCGGUGGCUUCGCGUGUUUGGCCAGACCUGGCAGAGUCACUUGGUGUCAUAUAUCCUUGCGUCAACGUCGAAGAGAAAGAGAAGGAGAUAGACGAGGGGCGUCUAUGGGAAGGACAGUACAGGAUUCUUCUAAGCAUAAACCGAUUCGAACGAAAGAAGAACAUAGGGCUGGCCAUUCGAGCAUAUCAGAAUCUAUCUCCAGAUGAGCGCAGAGGCACACGCCUACUUUUGGCCGGCGGCUAUGACCAGAGAGUCAGUGAAAACGUCCAUUACCACCAGGAACUGGACGAGUUAGCCCAGAGUCUCGGGCUGUCCACAGCGACGGCGAAGACUGUUCCCACAGCCCUCGCAAUACCCAGCAGUAUACAGGUCUUAUUCUUGCUUUCCGUACCCGGGCCUUUCAAAAACACAUUGUUGCAGAACGCUCAGCUGUUAUUGUAUACACCAAGCAACGAACACUUUGGCAUUGUUCCCGUAGAAGCCAUGUUGCACGGACUUCCUGUUCUUGCCUCGAAUACUGGUGGCCCUUUGGAGACCAUUGUAGAAGGAAAGACUGGUUGGCUUCGUGAUGUGGACAAUGUGGACGAGUGGGCUGCAAUCAUGAAGAAGGUAUUGCAUGAGCUGAGUUCUGCGGCACUCCAGACACUUAGCCGAAACGGCAGACAAAGGGUUAAUGAGCAUUUCACCAGGAACAAAAUGGCAGAUGGGCUGGAGAACGAAAUUGACCAAAUGGUGAGGAACAAGAGGAGCAAGUUCCUGGAAAGGAAAGACAUCGUCCUGGCUCUCUGGCUGGCGCUGGCGGUUCUGGCUGCUCUAUUUGCGACACUCAUCAAGGCAAAGUUUGGCCGUGGUGAUGCACGAGCCACUGAGUUUGCGCGGGUCCGGAGGGCAAAUGCAGGUUCUGAAGAGAAUCUAGUCAGACUAUUCCCUGGCGCGGCUUGACAGAUGUAAUAUGCUAUCAUUGUAGAAUCGCAGCGACAUCCUCCCACAGCCUUGUAGUCCCUGGGGUGAGUGUCCCAGAGCAGCACUUUACGCCUUUCAACGCGUCCUGAAACGCGCCAAGACUGUUUACUUUUGGAAGUAGCGAAUUGACUC